AUGAUUGACGGAAAAUUCAAGCUUUCCUCGCGCCAACGUUUCGGUGCUGCUGUGUUGGCGGCCAAAAUGCAAGACGAACAAAAAAGGCCUAGGCUGUCGUGGAUCACCCACUACGACCUGCCAAGCCCUACGACCCCGGAUCACCAGUCUGUCAGCUUAUAUGGGACGCGGGACCGACACGAGGUUUACCGAAUACACGAGCUAUCCAGUCCACGAUGA